UAGAUAAGCAGGAAUUAAUGAAUGCAAUAUUUGUACACGUUUUGAUUUACGUUUGUUGAUUUGAAUAACUGCGUGAUUCUUUCAUUUGAGAAUUUUCUAUGCUAUUUACAUCACAUUUGAGAACACGGAGAACAUGUCAGGAAGACAAACACCACAGACAAGACCGAAGGAAAAGAGUACCAAUUCAGAUGAAAGCGGCAAUUCAGCUACACCAAUAAGGGAUUUAAAAAAACGAAGUACCGAUCAAGAUGAUGGCAAUAAAGCUGUACCUCAAAAAAGUCCAAAAAUUGAUCAGAGUGAUACUCCUUCUACAUCAAAACAAAAGUCAACAAGAGACAAACUUAGAGAAAAAAAAGUUGAUACUCCAGGCAAGUCAACCAGAGGCAAAGAGAAAGAUAAAAUUGAUCAGAGUGAUACUCCUUCUACAUCAAAACAAAAGUCAACAAGAGACAUACUUAGAGAAAAAAAAGUUGAUACUCCAAGCAAGUCAACCAGAGGCAAAGAGAAAGAUAAAAUUGAUCAGAGUGAUACUCCCUCUACAUCAAAAGAAAAGUCAACAAGAGGCAAAGUGGGAGAAAAAAGACAGAGUACUGGUCCAGAUUAUGGCAAAAAAGUUAUACCUCCAAAAAGUCCAAAAGUUGAUCAGAGUGAUUCUCCCUCUCCAUCAAAAGAAAUGUCAACAAGAGGCAAACCGAAAGACAAAAUUGAUACUCCAGGCAAGUCAACCAGAGGCAAACAGAAAGAAAAAUUAGAUCAGAGUGAUUCUCCCUCUCCAUCGAAAGAAAUGUCAACAAGAGGCAAACCAAAAGACAAAAUUGAUACUCCAGGCAAGUUAACCAGAGGCAAACAGAAAGAAAAAAUUGCUCAGGGUGAUUCUCCCUCUCCAUCAAAAGAAGUGUCAACAAGAGGCAAACCGAAAGACAAAAUUGAUCAGAGUGAUUCUCCCUCUCCAUCAAAAGAAAUGUCAACAAGAGGCAAACCGAAAGACAAAAUUGAUCAGAGUGAUUCUCCCUCUCCAUCAAAAGAAAUGUCAACAAGAGGCAAACCGAAAGACAAAAUUGAUACUCCAGGCAAGUUAACCAGAGGCAAACAGAAAGAAAAAAUUGAUCAGAGUGAUACUCCCUCUCCAUCAAAAGAAAUGUCAAGAAGAGGCAAACCGAGAGAAAAAAUUGAUACUCCACGCAAGUCAACCAGAGGCACACAGAAAGAAAAAAGUAAACAUCCUGAGAAACCAUCAAAAGAAUUAAACCCACCUGAGAAUCCUGAAUCUACAAGUGAAGUUGAAGAUUCAAGAAUUAAAACAGUCUACCGAAGAGCAACUGAAUUUGUAAUCCAAAAAUGGAGAACUCUCACAGAAUAUAUGAGACCAAGUUUGGAAAGUAUUGACAUUAAGAAAUGCUGCAAAGGAUUGAUGUUUAUCCUUUGUGGCAUUGGACUACUUUUAUACGUAAUGCUGUUACCAGAACCUGAUGAAUCCGACCCACCUCCUCCGAACGGCUCAGAAAACAAGGAAGUUAAAAAUGACUCAGGGAUCAACCUAGAAGAGAAAUUCAAUAAAACUUUUGUAGAGAAAAAUUUGGAUUACUUUAAAAAAUUGACGGAUAAAGCGAAUGAAUUUGAAAACAACAUCUUGGAAAAUUUAACACGGCUCCAAACUAAUUUGACGGAUAAAGCGAAUGAAUUUGAAAACAACAUCUUAGAAAAUUUAACACGGCUCCAAAAUAAUUUGACGGAUAAAGCGAAUGAAUUUGAAAACAAAAUAUUAGAAAAUUUAACACGGCUCCAAAAUAAUAUGACGGAUAAAGCGGAAGAAUUUCAAAAUAAUUUGACGGAUAAAGCGAAUGAAUUUGAAAACAACAUAUUAGAAAAUUUAACACGGCACCAAAAUAAUUUGAUGGAUAAAGCGGAUGAAUUUCAAAAUAAUUUGACGAAUAAAGCGAAUGAAUUUGAAAACAACAUAUUAGAAAAUUUAACACAGUUCCAAAAUAAUUUGACGGAUAAGGCGAAUGAAUUUGAAAACAACAUAUUAGGAAAUUUAACACGGCUCCAAAAUAAUUUGACUGAGAUGUCGAAUAACAAAACGGAAAGUAUAAAACCUAUUAAAGAAAACAUUCCAAAAAAAAUGGAACAGGAAGAAGAGAAAAUUGCAUCAUUGAAAGAAAAGAAAGCUGGUGAUUUAAAACAAGCUAUUGAUGAUAUAUGGGAAGUAUGUAUGAGAUAUAGAAGUUUCUGCUUUGUACUCGGUAUACUAGGUAUGAUUACACAAAUUAUACUGCCAUGCUCAACACUGGUAGUGUUAUAUCUGGUGUAUAAGAGAUUAAGGGGACAAAAAACUGAACUCCAACCACCGAAACCUGCGGUUUCAAAGCCAAUACAUGAGGGGAAUCUUGAAGAUUCUCUCUGCAUUGUAAGCUUUGAUGAAUCAUCCAGCAGGACAAAUCAUCUGUCAAUGACUAAAAAAAUUGCAGAGUAUGGUGAAUUAAAACUACAGACGAAAAGAGUUGUCGUUAAAAAGGACAACCUUGAUGAUCUUAAAGAUAGUAUUCCGCCUUCUAAGGUUUUCCUUGUGUAUAUUGAUUACAACGAAGGAAAUGUGAUCCUAGAUAAAUCGGAAACUGGUACAAGGCGACAAACAGUGAAAUACUUGAUGAAAACUAAUGCUCUUGUAUUUAUUGUGUAUUGCCUGGAGAAAUCUUCUGAGAAUUUGGAGGAGUUGUAUGCACAGAAACUGACUACCAUCAAGACUGAUCCAGUGCUCGUAGGUCUUAGCAAGAGGGAUAGGGUCUUCAGUAUUUAUAAGACCUUCAGUAAAAAGCAGAUGGAAGUUAUCGUCAAGGGUAUUUACGAAUUUACCAAACAAUCUGUUUGAUUUCUUCGUUCAACAUUCCUUUGUUUUGUUUAAGUGUGUUUGUAUAUGCGCGCGUGUUUAGUCUUAGGUAUAUACAUGUUCAACUAAGGUUAUUACAUGUAUAUUAGGUAUUUGUGCAUUGAAUUACUUUGUUUUUUUUAAAUGUUAGAUAAAUUUUUCUCACGAGCCUAUUCAAUAAAGGUUUUGCAGACAAGUGUUCUAUAAAGAAGUAAACUUUUCUAAGAAAUGCAAUACGCAUAUUCAGGAAAAAAUAUAUUGUACUUCAAAGUUAAAUAAAUAAAAAACAUUGAAAUGAAUGUUAGACUUGCCCAGAAAGUGUUCAAAAUGUUUUUAUAACUCAGUAUUAUAUUAAGUAUUUUUCUCAUGAUGUAUUCAGAUAGACGGUUGUACCUGCACUCCAAUGUUUUAAAGAUAUCAUUUGUUGUGCUUUUAGACUUACCAUGCAUGUGUUCAGUACACUUUUUAUAUUCCACUAUUAUAUUAGUCAGAAUUUUCUAUUUUUAUGAUAUAUAUCCUUGACUUGAGCUUUUUAUUUUGGAACUCUAUGUUUUGCUUUUGCAUUUUUAUGAUUUUUACAAAAGUGUGUUUUUUAUAAAGAUUUAUUUUGCUUAUAUUAUUCA